CACGAGGCCACGCUCGUGCACGAUGCGCGCGUGUGCGUCUCUGCGCAUGUGCGUUUAAGCUUCCCUCGUCAAAGUCUCCACAGCGGGAUUUAGCGUAAACAAGAAACGGAAGUCAUGGGCAAGUCAAUCUUCUCUUUGCUGAAACACAGAAGCGAAGGUCAGGAGAAACUAACAUCUGAUGACCCUGACUCUCAGAUGGUAGAGGAGGAUAAGACUGCUAUAUCGCAGUUCCCUUAUGUUGAGUUCACAGGCAAGGACAGCGUCACCUGUCCCACUUGUCAAGGAACAGGACGAAUACCAAGAGAACAAGAAAAUCAGCUUGUGGCCCUGAUACCAUAUAGUGACCAAAGACUGAGACCAAGACGAACUAAACUGUACGUGAGCUUGUCAGUGGUGCUGUGUCUCCUGCUUUGUGGCCUGGCUGUGUUUUUCCUCUUUCCCCGCACCAUUGAUGUUGCCUAUGUCGGAGUGAAAUCUACGCAUGUCAACUUUGAUACACAGCAAAGGAUUGUCUAUCUUAACAUUACAAACACUCUCAACAUUACUAAUAACAACUACUAUCCAGUACAAGUGGCAAACAUCACAGCACAGGUGCAGUUCUAUAAGACAGUUAUCGGAAAGUCAGUUGUGAGCAAUGUGACAAGCGUAAUGCCCCUGGAUAUGCAGCAGGUUGAUUUCUCUGUUUUCACAGUCAUAGCCAAUGAGAUGAGCUACAUCUAUGACUUUUGUACCAUGGAGACAAUAAAAGUGCACAACAUUGUGGUCAUCAUGCAGAUGACUGUUACCACAGUGUACUUUGGCCACGCUGAACAGAUCUCUCAGGAGAGUUACUUGUACGUGGACUGCGGCACAAACACCACCAAUUCCAAUGGACACAUGACAGUGAUACAGUGACCCCUUACACCUUAAACCAAUCCCGCCAUUUCUGCACUGAAGGAUAUUAGAGAUUUUUCCUAUUAUGUUUAAAUUGCUGUGCAUGGUCAUGUCAGGAAGAUGGCAAAGCCUCAGACAGAAUUUCCUCAGACAUAUGUAUGGAUGACUUUUUAUAGAUGGAUGCAUAUUAGAAGACGUUUUUUGACAUAUGAUUGCAAAUUUGCCGGUCCAGUGUGGUCUCGCAUUUUUGAAUACCUCAGUUUCUUCAGGAGGAGUUUGUGAUGUAAAAGGAAGACACCACAUGUUAGUUUCACUGACUGUUUUAUAAACCACUGACAUUUUGUUUCAUUUUACUUACAAAGCAGCAGAAGAAUGGAGGAUUGGAGAAAAAAAUAUUUGCUUUAUAGACAUUUAUGUCUGGACAGUGACUUUUUAUGUAUAUAAACUUUACACUUUUUAUACCUGUUAUGAAGUAUUUAUUUAAUGGUAAAAUGGGAUAUUUAUAAACGUCUCAAUAAUAUA